AUGGCACGCAAGAAUUUGCAGGUUGUCGAGACUUUCCUGGAGGAGUUUGUCUUUCCCACGAAAACUCGACAAUUUCCGUUCAAGGUAUCAUCAAGUGCAUGGGAUUUGGCCGCUGGGCGUUUGAGAGGAUUUUCAGGCACAGCGGACAAUCGGCAGCUUUUGCCUUUGGGGGUGCAGCAGUAUGAGGACGACAUGUUGAAGCACACUGAUGGCCGGGCUUUGCGAAGUCUUUGUGAUCCUGAGAUGGGUGGACCGUCCCCUGUGAAAAUGAUUGAGCAGAAGGAACCCUUGCAGAUUUUGGAGGAGAUUCUCAUCGCUCAAUCUGAAGUCCAUGUGUUUGUGCUGAUUGACUGCGGUGCUUUGCUCACUGGGAUGUCGAAUCGGCAAGUUGCAGAGGCUGCGCUGAAGCUGAGUCCUCAUAGAUUUCGGGCAGCUAUUUAUAUAUUUCGAUGA